AUGGUACGCACCCUCUCCUACGCGCUGUCCCCAACAUUGUGUUUCCAUCUUCUCCAAGCAGUUCUAAGUACAACUGUGAUCCCAUCAUGCAUCCCAGGAGAAUCUGAUGAUAACUGUACAGCUUUAGUUCAGAAAGAAAACAAUCCACGGAUUGCUCAGGUGUCAAUAACGAAGUGUGGCUCUGACAUGAAUGGCUACUGUUUGCAUGGACAGUGCAUCUACUUGGUGGACAUGAGUGAACAUUACUGCAGGUGUGAUGUGGGAUAUACUGGUGUCCGAUGCGAACAUUUCUUUUUAACCGUCCACCAACCUUUAAGCAAAGAAUACGUGGCUUUGACUGUGAUUCUUAUUUUCUUUUUUCUUGUCAUAGUCGCAGGUUCCAUAUACUACUUCUGCAGAUGGUACAGACACCGAAAAAGCAAAGAACCAAAGAAAGAAUAUGAAAGGGUGGCCUCAGGGGAUCCAGUACUGCCACAAGUCUGA